UGUUUAUCAAACAUGAUCGGCAAUAUAAAUGUAUAAGCCUUAAUAUUAUUAUUAAAAAUAUUCGAAAGCAAUUUUAAAUAUUCAUUUUAAAUCAUUUAAAAAAUGUUUUAGUCUGUAGAUAAGUUAAAUGUUAGGUGUGUGCGAAAACUCUUUUAUUACUUGCACAUAAAUGUAAUUGUUAUGCCAAGUAACGAUAGUUUGAAUAGAUCAUAAAGAUAACAAUGCCGAAAUCAGAUCAAACAAUUAGCGGUCAUAAAAUGGAGCUUCUUGAUAAAAAGGAAAAUGUUAAAACCGAAAUUGUCACUUACCGCUUCGCAGUCAACGAAGAAACAAUGCUUAAAGUGCUUCCACCGAUCACUUCCAGGUUUUAUCAGAUUUUUUUCACAUUAUGCGCAUCUUUGUCAUGUUUGCCGUUCGGAUUGAUGCUGGGAUGGCCGUCACCAACGAAUCCAAUUCUCAUAGACCAGUUAUCACCCAUACCAAUUACCAUUGACCAAAGUGCUAUGAUAGCGGGGUUUUUGAUGAUUGGUAAUGCUGUCGGAACACCGAUCAGCAACAAGAGUUUCGUAGGAACGAAAUUUGGAAUUCUUAUAGGUCUCGCAAUAAUGAUCACCGGCUGGGUACUUAUGUGGCAAUCCAGAAACAUUUUUUGGCUGCUCGGAAGCCGUUUCUUAGUUGGCUUUGGUAACGCCUACGGCACUGGCCAACUGAAGACUUACAUCGGCGACACUUGCGACCAAGAUCUUAAAUUAAAUUUAAUAAAAUUUAUAAAUGUGUACGUUUACCUAGGAAUUAUAAUAAUCUUUUCAGUUGGUCCUUUUAUUGAUUUUAGAGAUACAUCUAUAGCAUGUUUGUCGAUCUCUAUUGUAAUUUUUUUUAUCAUACUCUUUUUACCUAGAUCGCCCUCAGAAUUGAUCAACGACAAUAAAAAUAUCAACGCCAAAAAGCAGAAUCAUAAUGUAAAUAUCAAUAAAGAAAUAUUUAAGAUAAGCGAUAAUGAUAAAAGCAAACAAGAACAAUUUGGAUUGUUUAAAUUGUUUGCAGAUGCAGAUUUGCGUGUGAAAUUUUUAAUUUUUGCUGGAAUAGUAUUUUGUCAACAAUUUAGCGGUGCACCUGCUACUAUUAUUUAUACACAGAUAUUAUUUACAGAAUCUCAAUGCCCGUAUCCGCAGUACUUAGCUAUCGCAUAUGUUGUAAUAUUUUUUAUUUGUAAUGUUUUAGGCAUAUACUUGAUGCCUAAAUUCAAUAAGAGAAUUGUAUUGUUAUGCUCGACGUUUAGCGUAAUUUUACUAAUAAUAGCCAAAAUUCUAGUGGUAUAUUUUGAAAUGAAUGUUAAUUACUGGAGUUAUUCCUCAUUUGUGGUAUUGUGUUUGUUUAUAAUAGCGCAUACCUUAGGUUUAGGAAACAUUCCAUUUACAUUAAUUCCCGACUUAUUUCCGGGAUCAUAUCGCACCACAGUAACUCAUUUUUUUAUAGCGUUUCAUUCGAUAUUAGCUUUAGUUAUAACGAAGAUUUUUCAAGUUUUAAUGACUCAAUACGACGUUUCCGUUCCAUUUUAUUUAUUUUUAAGUAUUAGUAUUUUGGCAUUGUUGUUAAUAUAUUUUGUGAUACCGAAUAAGGCUUGUGAAAAAGUGCAUGUUAUCGAUGAUAGUUUAGAAAAGAACGUUGAAAUAAAUGUUAAACCAAUUAAUUAAAAAA